GAGAGAUCCAAAUUGUGAUUUCCUCAUAAUCAUACGGAGUAUUUUAUGGCGAGUUAACUGUUGUCCCUGUAGAGAAUUAGAGAUAGCUGUCUGGCAGGUUACUGGCCCUUCAGAAUGGGAUGACGAUAACUGUCCUGUGGGUUGGGUUCUGGGAGCAAAUUGGAAGACGCAAAAAACUCAGUUCCCCAACUGCGUGCUGUCUGAUUCGCUUAAGGACUUAACCAACUACAGCUGGGGAUAGUGGGGAAGAGGAAUUAGGUAGUCCAGUAAGUACAUCACAGCUUCUGAAAUCCAGAUUUCUACUAACCUUCUAAAUGGAAGUUUGAUUUCAGAUUGGUUUAUCUUAUCCUCUGUCUAAUUCAACACCCCUAUAUUGCAUUUCCGAUUUUCCCUAAUCCCAGUAUCCAAAUCAGCCUUCUUAUGUAUUACAAACUAUUCAGAAUCGGCUGAGAUGGAGGAAUGGUCAGUAGCCGCUGUAACCACGUGAUGCAAUAAAUAGAAGCUGGAACCAGUCUUUUUGCUUGCUUGAUGGAUUCUCAUCGAAAAGAAUCAAAAGCAUCAAGCAGGAUCGAUGACCGCCUAACUAGUGAUGUUGUGGUAAGGCUUAGAACACAGGAUCGUGAUCACUGGGUUUAUUGCCAUUCUCAUAUCCUUGUCCAACAAAGCAAGUAUUUUGCUGAUCGGUUAUCAGACACCUGGCCCAUGUGUCAAAUUCUUGACUCCCGCAACUGUGUUGAGGUUCAGUGUGAAGAAAGUGACUUCGACCACACACUUCACGUCCUACGUCUCUUGUAUCUCAUUUCAGAUUCUUCAGUGAAUGCUGAUAUUUGCCAUGGUGUAAGGACUGCCCUUGGCAUUUUACAGGCAGCCUUCAAGCUCGGCUGCCCGGAAGUUGUCACUGCAUGUGCAGAAUAUCUGGAAGCCGUCCCAUGGGAGGAAGCCGAAGAAGAGGAUAUCCUAAAAGUAAUUCCAAACAUGGGAUCCCAAGUGGGACCUGUGCUUGCCCGUCUACAACCUGUCACUCGCUCUGCUAUAAUCAAACUAUUUGUCUCAGCAAUGCGAUUCGCCACCUCCUCACCUCCAGAAUCUUUGAACGAUCUAAAAAGAACAGCUCAAGAACAGCUCGAGUACAUGCUGACCGAAGACGACGAUGCCUCUCUAUUAACAGCUGAUAGUAAUGAGGUGAAACUAGAAGUGGUGCAAUGCAUUAAGAGACUCCAUGAUAGGUUUAGUGAACUAGUAGAAUCUUUACAGUGUGAUUCUGAGGACGGCAAAACGCUACUACUAUCAUUUAAAUCGGGUUUGUCAGAUUUAUGCUGGGCGUGCCAGAUAUUAUCAAAGAUGGAGAUUAUGAGAGAUUUUGUUCACAGAUGGACGGAGAUGUCGGUCAAAAUAUUAAAAGUGGUACGGAAGUUGAGCGGAGAAACUGAGACCGUUUUGAUAAGAAUAAAAGUUCUUGAGGUGGCAGCAAAGGUGUUAGAGGCAAUAGGAUAUGGAACGGUUGUUAUGCCUGCAACGGAACGGCUGCACAUGACAAAGGUCUGGCUUUCAUUUGUAAGGGAAACGAGCCCUUUGAUUGGCACGAUGAGUUCCAAUGAUGGGAUCCCUACGAUUGAUGAUGAAAUAUGGCAGUCAUUGGAGUCAUCAUUUGUUUCAUUGAUACUUACACUGCCCUCUGCUGCUCAAGCCGAGAUCUUGACAGAGUGGUGGACAGAUCCAAGGUAUCCAGACCUUACCGAAGCCUUUGAAGCAUGGUGUUAUAGAUCCAAGAUUGCUAGGCGAAGGCGGGAAAUGCUCUCAGGAGAUGAUCAUAGUACAUAGAUGGAAGUUUGUAGUGGAAGGAUGGGUUCAGUCUUACUCCGGUUUUUAUGGAACUUGAAAUCUUCCAAGAAAUUUCAGAACAAGGUUCUGAAAAUAAGCCUCACUACUAUGGGUCUCGGCCGGGUUUUAGUAAUUUCUGUUUGGGUUGGACCGGUUCAUAUCCCACCAAAAAGAACUCCAUAUUUUUUGGCAUUAUAUAAAUGUUUUCCAAUUAAAUUGAUUUACAGAAUAACCAAAUGUAUCCACAAUAAGGAUGUUUUAAAUUGGAUUAGUUUCCGUCAUAGACCAGAACAAAAUAAGCAGAUUAUCAGAUUUCGACAAUCGUAAAAUACAAUUAAAAUAGACAUCAGACCAAUCUAGACUAGAUUAAACUUAAACAGACAUCAAAAUACCGUCCAAAUAAAAUAUCUCAAAGGGAAGAACAUUAGUGGUGACAAUAGUAUAAAAGGAGAGGUGAUGGUCGUCAGGGCAAAAGAGGGAGGACCAUGUGUAGCACGUGGUGCUACCACAAGCGACAAGCUGUGGGCGGUGGAGAGAGAUGAGGCGGCCAUCAAAGAAGCAGAUGCCAAGAGGGAGGACCAUGUGUAGCACGCGGUGUUGCCACAAGUGACACAGCUAUGGGCGGUGGAAAGAGACGAGGCGGCCGUCAAAGAAGCAGAUGCCAAGUGCUCCAAAGGCGAGGAAAAAAAUAAAAUUUUAGAUGGUUUAAGCUCUGAUACCAUGUGUGAAUUAUUUUCUAUUACCUCUGGUUUAGAAGAGGCAACGUUUUUUUAUUUUGCAUUAGAAUUUUCGUUAUUAUUCAUAUUAUAAAAUAGUUAGGAUUUCCAUUCAGAACUAAGAUCAUGUCGAACGCUAUACAUUGUGUCACAACAUUUGUUAGUAAUUGUUUGAAAUAUAAUACUAUUGUGUUGAAAAUGAAGUAUAGUUCAAGUUUAUUAUUCC